ACCAAAAUAAAUCUAUAUGAUGAAGUAAAACAAAGCUAAAGCCGAAUUCACCAAGCUAUGGUAACAUCCCUAAAUGAAGAUAAUGAAAGUGUAACUGUUGAAUGGAUUGAAAAUGGAGAUACUAAAGGCAAAGAGAUUGACUUGGAGAGCAUAUUUUCACUUAACCCAGAUCUUGCACCUGAUGAGGAUAUUGAACCUAGUCCAGAGGCACUACCACCACCUACUACAUCAGCCAAAGUAAACAAAAUUGUGAAGAGUCGACGAACUGUGUCAUCUGUUAAGAAUGACACCCCUGCCAGAGAGAACAGAGUGGUUGGUUCUGCACGUGCGCGACCUACUCAGCUUCCUGAGCAGUCUUCCUCCUCUCAACAGAAUGGUAGUGUUUCAGAUAUAUCUCCAGUUCAAGCUGCAAAAAAGGAAUUUGGACCCCCUUCACGUAGAAAAUCCAAUUGUGUAAAAGAGGUUGAAAAAUUACAAGAGAAACGUGAAAAAAGAAGGUUACAGCAGCAGGAGCUUAGAGAAAAAAGAGCUCAGGAUGUUGAUGCUACAAACCCAAAUUAUGAAAUUAUGUGUAUGAUAAGGGAUUUCAGGGGAAGUUUGGAUUAUAGACCACUGACAACUGCAGAUCCUAUUGAUGAGCACAGGAUAUGUGUUUGUGUACGAAAACGGCCACUCAAUAAAAAAGAAACUUUAAUGAAAGACCUUGAUGUAAUAACAAUUCCUAGUAAAGAUGUUGUGAUGGUACAUGAACCAAAACAAAAAGUGGAUUUGACAAGGUACCUAGAAAACCAAACUUUUCGUUUUGAUUAUGCCUUUGAUGACACGGCUCCUAAUGAAAUGGUUUACAGGUUUACAGCUCGGCCAUUAGUGGAGACCAUAUUUGAAAGGGGAAUGGCCACCUGUUUUGCAUAUGGGCAAACAGGCAGUGGAAAAACCCAUACUAUGGGUGGUGACUUUUCAGGAAAGAACCAGGAUUGUUCUAAAGGAAUAUAUGCACUUGCAGCUCGAGAUGUCUUUUUAAUGCUAAAGAAACCAAACUAUAAGAAGUUAGAACUUCAAGUAUAUGCAACAUUUUUUGAAAUCUACAGUGGUAAGGUUUUUGACUUACUGAACAGGAAGACAAAAUUAAGAGUGUUAGAAGAUGGUAAACAGCAAGUCCAGGUGGUGGGAUUACAGGAACGGGAAGUCAAAUGUGUUGAAGAUGUUCUUAAGCUUAUUGAAAUAGGCAACAGCUGCAGGACGUCUGGCCAGACAUCUGCAAAUGCACACUCGUCUCGAAGCCAUGCAGUGUUUCAGAUUAUCCUCAGAAGGAAAGGGAAAUUGCAUGGUAAAUUUUCUCUGAUUGAUUUGGCUGGCAAUGAAAGAGGAGCAGAUACUUCCAGUGCAGAUAGGCAGACUCGACUGGAAGGUGCGGAAAUUAACAAGAGCCUUUUAGCACUCAAGGAGUGCAUUAGAGCCUUAGGCCGAAAUAAACCUCAUACACCAUUCAGAGCAAGUAAACUUACCCAGGUGUUAAGAGAUUCAUUCAUAGGAGAAAACUCCCGUACCUGUAUGAUUGCUACAAUUUCUCCGGGGAUGGCAUCAUGUGAAAACACUCUAAACACGCUGAGAUACGCAAACAGAGUAAAGGAAUUUGGAAUUAGUCCUUCGGACAUUCCCUUCUCACAGGGUAGUGGCAGUCGCUCUGAUCUCUCUCCUUCCUAUGAGUAUGACGACUUUUCUCCUUCAAUCACCAGGGUGAAGGAGCUGACGGUCGAUCCUAGUGCUGCAGGAGAUAUGCGCCCCAUUAUACACCACGCCCCCAAUCAGAUCGACGACUUGGAGACACAGUGGGGUGUGGGGAGCUCUCCGCAGAGAGAUGAUCUCAAACUGCUUUGCGAACAAAACGAGGAGGAAGUUUCCCCACAAUUGUUCACCUUCCAUGAAGCUGUGUCACAAAUGGUAGAAAUGGAAGAGCAAGUAGUAGAAGACCACAGGGCUGUCUUCCAGGAAUCUAUUAGAUGGCUGGAAGAUGAAAAAGCUCUUCUUGAGAUGACAGAAGAAGUAGACUACGAUGUGGAUUCUUAUGCUACCCAACUCGAAGCAAUUCUAGAGCAAAAAAUUGAUAUUCUGACUGAACUUAGAGAUAAAGUGAAAUCCUUCCGGGCAGCUCUACAAGAGGAGGAACAGGCCAGUAAGCAGAUCAACCCGAAAAGACCACGCGCCCUCUGAAAUGGGCUGUUGCUGCUAGAGGAAUCUACAAACCCAUACUGCUGUAGCACACAUCUGUGACAAAACCCAGUGGCCGCAAGAACUCAACUACUUGAAAGUGUAAAAACGUUGAGAAAUGUCUGUGGAAAUGUCCUGUUUCUUAUUCACCCGAAUGACAUUUUUAGUUGUGUGUGAAAUGCUCCUAUGAUGUCUACAGAAUGCUUCUAGCCCAGACAGCACAACCAUGCAGGGUUCAGAUCUGUGAAGCACUUUGUUUAAACUAUCUGCCAUGUCUUUAAUAAUGAA